AUGUCGCACCUCACAGCACAGAUCAACAUCUCCGCCUCCCCCACCGACCGUCCCCUACCCUCCACGCCCAUCCCUCUCUCCCCCCCAUCCGACACCCUCUCGCCAUCCACCCAACUGCUCAUUCCCCUCUCCUCCUCCCCUUCCUCCACCAAACCACGACACCUCUCCUCCCUCGCAGAUUCGAUCGACACCGCACGAUCCAACAUCAACAAAAUCCUCACCACCUGGAAAGACUGGUCCGGAAAGGAACACCUCCCCACCCAAAACAAUGACGACGAUGACAACGACGACGACGAUGAAGAUCAAGACGAAGAAUAA